AUGCCGUUAGGCCACCGGCUGUCCCAGAAGGUCAAGCGGCAAUCUUAUAGCCUGCACAAGUUUUGUAACCUCCUGAAGCCAUUUUUGAUAGUAUCAUCAGAUGGUUACAUCAUUGAUGUCUUUGGGCCGUACGCUGCCACAAAGACUGAUGCACAAAUAAUGCUUGACAUCAUGGGCACUGAAGAACAUCCGAUGCAUGUUUUUCUACAGCAAAAUGAUGCAUUUAUAUUGGACCGUGGAUUUAGAGACAGCUUGGACGCAAUCGAAGCCUGUGGCUACGAGUGCUAUGUACCUCCAACCAAAGAUCGUGGAGAUUCACAGCUCUCUACUGAGCAAGCAAAUGAAUCCCGAGCUGUUACACUAUGCAGAUGGGUAGUGGAAGUGGUGAACGGGAGAUUCAAGAGGGAUUAUAAACUGCUGCGUCAAAAUUAUUUUAAUAGGGCUGUACCACACAUGAUCGUCGACUUCCGAAUUGCUGCAUCACUAAUAAAUACGUUUCACACACCAAUAGUAGACAGUAUACAUGCAGAGCAGUUCUGGAAUCGCAUUAGAGCAACAGCUGAUUUACAGAAUAUUUUAUAUACCUAUGUCGAAAGGAAGCGUUUGAAUAGUCGGAGGGCUGAUUUUCAAAGGUUAGAAGCUAAUAACAUGGAAAACUUCCCGAGGCUCACUGAAAGUGAAAUAAUUGUCCUGGCUUUGGGUACAUACCAGUUGAAACUGGCUAGAUCAUACUGUGGCGAACAUUUUCGAAACGGUUUGUAUCUAAUAGAAACCUACCGAGAAAAUCUAUUGGAUGAUUUACCGGAUUAUGGAAUCCAGGAAGACGUGUGGCUGUUACGUGGACGCAUACAGUCCCGACACGUGUGUUUGUUGCUGGCAGUUGCCUCUUGCAAGGCCGGGUUCGAAGGAGGCUACUCCAAUGACGUGGGAGGAGAUGGUGGUGGUCACGGAGGCUACGAUUACUCCGCACCCAUUGGCGGGGGAGCUGACUUCUCAGGCGGACAAGGACACAACCUAGGAGGACUUGGGGGACAAAGCUUUGGGGGACACGACUUCUCUGGCGGACAAAGCCACACUCUCGCCCUUGCCCAAGGACAUGAUCUCGGCGGUCAAGACUUCGGAGGUCAGUUCCACGGAGGAUUCGGAGGAUCUGGAGGUGGCGCUCAGUACGCAGUCCAUGAAGGUAACCAGGGCGGCCAGGAUUUUAGUGGAGACUCUUACUUGCUAGCCGCUCAGGAAUCUGGCCAUCAACUCCAUGACGAUGCUGGAUCUCAAGGUGGACAUGAUUUAGGUGGCCAAGGAAACGGUGGACACGAUUUCGGUGGUCAGAUCAGUGGUGGACAUGAUUUCGGCGGUCAGGGUAACGGUGGUCACGAUUUUGGAGGCCAGGGUAACGGAGGUCACGAUUUCGGAGGCCAGGGCGGUAACGGUGGUCAUGAUUUCGGAGGACAGGGCGACGGUGGUCACGGAUUCGGACCUCACGCUUUCCCUCUGCAAGACGCUGGCAAUGAGUACGGACAUGGUGACGGCCACGACUUCCAAGCUCACGCUAUCCCUGUUGGCACCCACGUCGAUGAAGAGCACCCCGUCGAAGUACCCAACUACAAACAUGUUACCUUCAAAAUCCCUAAGACUGUCCACGUUAACGUGCCCAAACCUAUUCUCAUUGGCGUACCUCAUCCUUACCCUGUCAAGGUGCCAGUUAACAAGCCCGUAGCUGUGCCCGUUGAGACUGAGAUCUCUAUCCCUAUUGAGAAGGUUGUGCCUUACCCCGUAGUUAAGCACGUUCCUUACCCCGUUGAGAAGCACGUGCCAAUUAAGGUCGAGAAGACUGUGACAGUGCAUGUGCCUCAACCCUACCCUGUUAAGAUCCCCGUGUACAAAACCAUCCACCAUCAUAAGGAGCAUUAAGGAGUAGGAGAACUAAGGAGUUCUGUGGAAGAAUUUAACGAUACCGUACUUGGAACUGUGAAGAAAAUAUUUUCUUUUGUUUUACCUCCAAUAUUUUUCUUGUUCACAUUGUAAGGCUGAUUUAUAAAUUCAAGGAGAGGUUGUGAAGAAAGAAUAGUUGCUACGAAUGAUUGUGUAAAAUUGUUGGUAUAUGGAUAGUUAAUUUUUUCACGAACAGAGUUCAAUUGAGUGCCUUGUAAAUAUUAUUUUGUUGUUUAAUUUUAAGUCAUUUUCAACUGUUCAUGUUGUAGUUGAUUUAUUUAUUGUAUGUUGUUGUUGUUACUGUUGUUAUUGUUGAUGUUGUAUGUUGAAUAAACGUAUACGAUUGUUA